AUGCUUAACUAACCACUUAAACCCUCUAACAAGAUUGUAUCUCUCCAUGCUAUUAUGAGUAACAUCAAGAGAUAGAAUAAAUAAAAGACUAGAUCUAUUAGUUAUCAUUCAACCUAAAUCAAAUCAGAAGGACAAUCUAUUCAGUUAAGAGAUGAUGAUUCCAAAAAUAAUCAGAUUAAACAAAAAGAUGAACUCAUCAAUCAAUUAUAAUCUUAAUAAUAAUCACUUCGUAAAUAACUCAAUGAGAUAUUUGAAGUUAAUCAUGAUAAUGAUGAGUAACUCAUUUUGCACAUAUAUUCAUCUAUUGGUUAAUUAAAAAAGGAUAGAACUCAAUAUCUAUAACAAGAUGAAAUUAAUAGCAAAGUCAUUCUCCAUUACAAGUAGCUAUUGUAAUGUAAAUCUUCAUUCAUUUAUUUAGAAAGCACUGAUAUUAUUGCCAGCCAAGAAGAAUAGUUAUCAAGUCAAUAACAAUUAUUAAUGACAUUAACCAAUCAAAUUAAAGAAAACGAAUUUUUAUUACAUUUGAAUACCUCCCAUUAAGAAGUAAUUAUAUUUACUCAUUUCAUUUAGAAAUAAUACCUAUCUAAAAUCGAAUCUUUAUAAAGCUAAAUCGAUAAAUUUAGAAAUGGCAGUCUCUUAACCACUUUUAGAAGAGAUGAUUCAUAUCAAUAUAAUAAACUACAAUAAACAUGCAAACUAUUAAACUCUAAUCCAGAAGAAAUUGAAGAAGAAAUCCUACAAUUCAUUCGAAAUACAUUUACAUUCUAUUAAGCUAUUGGAAAUCAAUAAAGUAUUUCUUUAUUUCAAUUAGUUUAUGCUUUUAUUAAAAGUUAAUUUGAAAAUGACAGAUUACAAUUAACAUUCAAUCUAAAUUAAAUUAAUAAUGAAAUAAUUAAAGUAUUGAUCAAUAAAUUUGAUUUGGAUAAUGAUAUUGAAUAAGAAAUGGAACAAUUAAUCCUUUUGAAAUAAAUUAAAUCCCAUAAUAAUUAAAUAUUAUAAUUCAUUGAUUAAUUGGGAGAGUACAUCAUUGUUAAAUUAUAAAAUUAUAAAAGAAAUGAAAUCUCCAGAAUCAUGUUGAUAUAGAAUUUAGUUAAUUUAAAAAGACAAAUAAUAAAGAAACUAUGA